AUGAAUCCAAGAUAUGAUGGCACUUCAUGUGAUAGAGCAUUUACUGAACCAGACUAUUUAUCUUCAGGCUUUGCGGCCAAUACAGCAGUUAAUUUAAAUGUAACCAUUCCAUUCAACGAAUUAUAUGAAUCCAUUAUAUCAUUGGAUAAGGAUAUUAUGUUGAAUGAAACAUUAUUGGUUAGAUUUGUUUGGUCAGAAUUACCAAAUAUUGGUUUUGGUGCAGAUGCCUCUCUUACUCCUCAAACAAACCCAGUUGCUUUAACUGCUCCUGCUGGACCCAAUGUACAAGGUAUGGAAAUACAUUUAGCAGUUGAAAAGAGAUUUGAUAUUAUUCAAAAUUUACAACAAAAGAUUGCAAGCUCAGAAGGUUUCUCUUUACUUAUUCCUUAUUGUUAUACUACAACAGCAUCACUUACAUGUACAAAUCAGCCGGUAUCAUUAAGAUUAAAUAGACUAAAUGGUAUUACUUUGGAAAGAAUUUAUCAUAGUUUAUUUGUUACUGCUUCAGUUGCAAACUCUGCCAUCUACAACAACAAUGUGGCUGCGACAAAUUUGGAACAUUUUUACACCAAUAUUAAUAAUACAAGGCGAAUGCAAUACGAUUAUUAUCCAAUUGUAAAUGAUGAUUAUAAAGCAUUGCGAGACAAAUUGAUAGAUUCAACAAUUCAAACACCAAAUAUUCACAACUAUAAUUGGUGUUGGUUGGAUAGAUUUGAUGAUGGAUCAUUUGGUUUGUUAGAUGAAAAUAUUGUUUCUGGUAUUGAUUUAAAUCUAGGAGAGGUUAAAUGGGAUUUUAUUGCAUUUUUAAGUGUUGCAACCAAUCUUACUCAUCAAUCAACUGUGGUAUGUAAAAGAAGAUUAGUUAUUACUUCAAAUGGAUUGAUAUUAAUGAAAAUGAAAUUCAACAAACAGACAAUUAUUAAAACAAUCCCAAUUAGUGGUAUCAUUCCUGGUGGUCAUGCAAGGUUGAUGGUUCAAAUUAAUUUAGAUUUUGUUCCAGAUCUUAUUACAUUAAAACUCUAUAGUUUGGAUGGAACACUUCAUAUUGGGGAUGUGUACACAAUUAGAACUUCAUUGAUUAGUGACAACAACCUUUUUUCCUUUUCAAAAAUAUCCACCACCAAUUUAGAGCCAUUAUACAAGGCAGAUUCGAAAUGGGAGGGAGGUCUCCAUUCACAAUAG